AUGUCGUCCGGUUUAGUUGCAACGGGCCUUGACACAACGACAGCGUUUGAGUCAACGGUCUUCUUCUCCAAUGGUUCUGGAUUCAAAUUUGGGAAAAAACUGAUUGUUUUCCCUGAUACUUUCUUCAUCUACAACAGCAGAAGUUCCGGUUUCUUGAACCAGAAAUGUCUGCUUCUUGGAAGCUUAAGCGAAUUUGAAGAGACGCGCGUCCGAAUCGAAGAACUAGACCCACGAAGGAUGGGAAUGGAGGUGGCGAAGAGCGACGAAAUGGGUGUAGUUGUAGUGGGAGUUGAAGAAGGAAGAGCAACCAAUUGCACGGUCAUUUCUAUAUCAGCUGCCUUCUGUCCUUCUCCUUUCCCGCUCUCAGUUUCUGUUGCAAGUUUCAGACUUUCGAGUUGCGUAGCGCAAAUGGCUGACUAG